CGCCCGAGCAGCGCGGAGAGGAGGAGGCGGCGCGGCCGCCUGCGCCUUAAGUUGGCGGAGCGCCGGCGGGGGACGGGCAGACCCUUCCCGCCCACGAGGAACGCGCACACUCACCCGCCGAGCCUCCGGCGACGACUUGUUGGACUUGCUUUAAGAUGCUGCUUCUCAAUGUGUUCUUGUGAUUCGCAUUCAACACUCCAUGUAUGAAGAUUUAAGAUUAUAUCAUCUGUUUGUUUAAGAAAAUUCCUAUUAGUUAAGUGAACCUAUUUCACCUAUGAAGACAAGGUCUGUAAAAUGCGCCUCUUGACUUCAGUCAUAAAUUUUUCCUGUGCCAUAGUCUAUUAUUUCCGGGAGAGGGCAGCAUUUUCCUAUAUCAGCUAAUCCAAAAGUAAAUGAGGAACUUAGGAAAAGAUUGCCAACUUCAAAUCAAGAGUUACACAGAAUUGAAGAAGAAGCAUACAGCUUCAUUUGAGGGAUUCUUUUAAGAGACUCAGUGUUCUGCGAUAUGAGCUCUGAAACCUUCAAGCAAAAAAUGGACUCAGUGCCAGAUCAAACAAGUUCAGAGGAACAAAUGGAGAACUGGUCAAAAGAAACACACAUCUUGGAUCAGAAAAAAGAAGACUUUUGUGCUGAACUUCAGUUUUAUAGGAAUUCUCAGAAACGCUCAGAAUUUUUUAUCCAGGCAGAAACCAAAGCCCCGAAACUUUCAGAUUUGCGAGCAGAUAGUCAAAGAGGAGGAAUCCUAACUGACUGUAAUUCUGAUUCUGAAGAAUCAAGCAGUGUAAUAAGAAAGGAUAGCAGGACGCUCCCUGAGUUUAUGUCCUCAUGGCAUGAUGCUGAAGAUUUAAGUGGAAGAACAGAAACUGCAUUCCUUUUAAAAGAAUUGGACACUCUGAGGGCCAAAAAUAAAAAGCUUCAAGAUAAGCUGGCUGAAAAGGACAAGGAGCUGAAGACAAUGAAACUGGACUUAGAAUUGCAAGACAGAGCUACAGAAGCUAAGAUUGCAGAAAGGAUUGCAGCUCUGGUGGAAGAAGUUUAUUCUGCUCAACGGGAACGUGAUGAGGCUGUCAUGGCAAGGCUUAGGUUAGCCAAUGAAGAGAGAGAUGAAGCAUUUCUGCGAGUCCAGCGUUUAGAAGAGUCUCUCAAAGAGCUAGAAAAUAUUAACCCUGAAGAAAAUGACAUGACAUUACAGGAAUUACUGAACAGAAUAAACAAUGCAGACACAGGGAUAGAUAUACUGAAGAAUGGAGCUAUAAUUCUGAACCGAAUACACAGGACCAAAGAACGUAAAAAGAAAAUAAUAGCUGAGGAAAUGAAUGCAGUAAUAGAGCAACGGGAUGCUGCUUUAUCUCAAUGCAAACGGCUGGAGCAGGAGCUUCAUCAUCUGAAAGAGCAGAACCAGACUUCAGCAAACAACACGAGACAUAUGACUGCUGAAAACAAUCAAGAACGUGCUCUGAAGGCAGAAUUGAUAACUUUGCAACAAGAAAAGGAAGCUGCUCUUCAACAGUGCAAAAAACUAGAAGAAGAAAUCCAAACAUUGCGUGUCUAUUACAGGUUAUACAAGUCCAUGUCUGAAGGAAUGAGUCUGAAGAACCAGCCUAACUGUGCUUUCAGUACUUCUGAAGGUGGACUGGAGGGAAGGGAGGAUGUUGUGACCCUAACCCAUGGCCAGAUUGAAGAGCUGGCAGCUCAGCUGCAGCAAACUCGAUCAGAGCAAAAGGACACCAAGCUGAAGCUCCAGAAAGCCCUGGAAGAUUCACAGGAGGCCAAUGAAAAAGUUCAAAAGUUGGAAAGGCUGGUGGACGUCCUGAGGAAGAAGGUUGGAGCAGGGACCAUUAGGACCGUGAUCUGAUUGAAAGCUGCAGUCUAAGGAAGCUUUCACAUCUGGUGACCAGGCUGCUUCAUUCAGCACUGUGUAAACACUGAAGCCUUAACUUAGCAAACAGUUGUUAGAAGUGGGACACUCCAGCGACAUUCCAAGCUGAGAUAAAAUCAAAUCAUAAAUGUUUAACUACUUUGCUGCUGAGUUCUGUGAUUUGUUAAAAUGUUUCACUCCAAACAUGUGUUUGUUUUUAACCAAAUGCAUUGUGCACGGUGUAUUGUGAAAAAUUAUGUAGGUACUUAUUUUAACACUCUGUCCUCUCCAUGUUAGACUAUAGUCUGCUGCAAGGCACAGCAUGGUCAUUUUCUUAAAUACUGCAGGCUUCAGGUUCAAAAUGCUGCAAAGCAGUUUCAAGAUUUAAAUCCCUUAUUUUAUUUGUGAGGCUGCAAGUAGUCCAGCAUUUGUAUGUUAAAUAUAUUAAUUGAUAAAGUAGGUUGAUAUUCAAGAAAUAUCUCUGGCUGGUGUGGUGGAUAUUUUUUCCUCCUUACACAUGGCCCAUUGAAUUGCAGGUAGUAACUGUGGUUACAUCAAAGGGCAGGAUAAAUGUAUACCUUUACACAAUAGUUGAAUAGCUUCUGCUAGUACAUGGCAUUUUCAGUGUACAUUAAAAAGAAAUUUACAUUUAGGUUUCACUGGAAGUACAGCUGAAAAAAUUGCAACAUGAAAGCCUUGUGACAUUGUGCAGUAUCUCAGGCAGUGGAGAAAGUUUCCUGUAUUGCUUUUAGUCCCUCCUCUGUCCUUUUAAAUGAGGGAAAAGCUCUCAGAUUUCAGAAAGCACCUUAUAAAUUAAAAAGUCACCUUUUCAGUGUUUGCCUCUUCUCAUCCCAUUCCUACAAGACUCUGAUAGCCCUGCAGUGCCAGAGUACCAUCCAGGUUGGGUUUGAGGCUAAACUGUCAAUCCUCAUCUUUUUGUUCUCAUUAAGUGCCCUAGGACUUAAAGGCUGAAGCACAGAAUUUUACAGAGAGGGGAGAAACUGAGGGCUGAGGAGGAAAAUUCAAGGUACACAGAUAUUACAGACUCUAAGAUACAUUACAGUUGAACUCAGAGUUAUGUUUGUGACCUAACCAUCUCCCUGUAUGAACAGUCAGGCCAGUACUCACAUAAUGCUGCUCAAGAAAGCAGCUGUAAUCUCUGAGAACCCCAAAUUCAAUAAAGAAUCUCAGCAGCCAGCUGGGCUUUAGUGUCUCCUCAGGACCAGCCAACUCAGGCAAGGUGGAUGUAGCUCCUGAGGCUUCCACUUGUCUGUUUGCUUUGUGUUUAAUGCUUGCUUAUUCAGAUGUUGUGAUAGUGCAGUCUAUCUAGAGAAAAUGAAAUUUUAAUUUUAGGUGUAGAGAGAGACAUUUAAAUGUCUGGUUUUUUCUUUCAAACACUUAAAUGUUAAACCUUCUUCAACUGCAGACCUAAGCCCCUCCUAGUUUCAGUUGACCAAACCUAACCUCUUGCAGGGAGAUAAGUAGCAUCUCUCCAAGCCACAUUUACCCAAGUCACUUCUAGAAACUUCUGAAGUGCUCCUUUUUGACCUUUGGUCAAUCCUAAGAUAGCCAGUGAGUCUGGAGCCUCUCCCCCACUCUCCCUGGUGACCAUGAGCUCUUAUUCAGUGGGAAGAAAUUUUAAUGCUUCCAAACCAGAGGAUUGCCACCCCCCAGAUUCCAGCCCCUUCACUGUCUCGCGUGUGCUGCUGUUCAGCUCUUUGCAUGGCUCAACAGCUCUUUGUCCUGCUGUCCUCACUGAGCUUUGUGCACAAAGUGGAUGCCAAGAUCUCCUGAGCAGUCAGUGCUAUUGAACCAUUUCUGCUGCAAGGAGGUAGUGAGGCAGGAAUAAAGACAACGAUGUAAGGACUACUCUGCCAUGCUAGACCAAAGCCCAAAGUCUGCCUUUGGCAAUAACAAAUAGAAGAUGCCUAGGAAAGGGUAUAAAGUCAGGCCAGCUCUAGUGACCACUCUCCCAGCUGGUGUCCCAGCAAUUUGUUAGUUAAAGGCUUUCCAAGCCAGAGGUGGUGUCUUUGUAUUUAGCAACAUUUUUUCAUGACCUGUUUUUAAUCCAUUAAAAUUGUUUGUACCUACUUGUUCCUUUCACGAGGUCUUAUGCAGUUAAUGAUGCAUUGAGGGAAAAAAUACUUCCUUUUCUCAUUUGAACCAGCUCAAUUCAUUUGCUAUCACCUAGUUUUUGUAUGAGAGAAAUGGUGAGGAACCAUUCCCUGUUCAUAUUUCUAUGUCCCAUGUGAUUUUACAUAUUUGGCAUAGUUUCCCCCACUUUUCUUUCCUAGUCUCAUUUAAAGGAUAUGUCCUGUGUUUUUAAUUGGCCUUGUCAUACUAAUCUUUUUUUUUUUCCAGCUCAGCAGUAUUUUUACCAAGAUGCAACACUGUUUGUGCCUAGUGUUCAAGAUAUAGACAAAAUGUGACUUUAAUGGCUGUCAUAAUGAUGUUAUUUGUUUUAUUCUCUGUGCUAUUUGUAACCUUUUUUAGCAUUGGACUUGCUUUCUGACAGAUUAUUUAUUGGUAUUCAUAUUUCUGUAGCAAAAUGACUACUCUAGAUCUCCUUCCUCAGUUGUAA